AUGGUCGUGCAUAGUGCCACCCCGACCCACCCCACUCCACAUCCCCGACCCACCCCACUCCACAUCCCCGACCCACCCCCUCCACCACCCGACCCACCCCACUCCACCACCCCGACCCACCCCCUUCUCAACCCCGACCCACCCCACUCCACCACACCGACCCACCCCCUUCUCAACCCCAACCCACCCCCUUCUCAACCCCGACCCACCCCCUUCUCAACCUCGACCCACCCCCCUUCUCAACCCCCGACCCACCCCGCUCCACAACCCCGACCCACCCCUCCCCAUUCCACCACCCCAACCCACCCCACCCCAUUCCACCACCCCGACCCACCCCAUUCCACCACACCCCGACCCACCCCACCCCAUUCCACCACCCCGACCCACCCCACCCCACUCCACCACUCCGACCCACCCCCUUCUCAACCCCGACCCACCCCGCUCCAUCACCCCUACCCACCCCCUUCUCAACCCCGACCCACCCCGCUCCACCACCCCUACCCACCCCACCACCCCGACCCACCCCGCUCCACCACCCGACCCACCCCACUCCACCACCCCGACCCACCCCACUCCACCACCCCGACCCACCCCCCUUCUCAACCCCGACCCACCCCGCUCCACAACCCAGACCCACUCCACCACCCCGACCCACCCCCCUUCUCAACCCCGACCCACCCCGUUCCACCACCCCUACCCACCCCCUUCUCAACCCCCCGACCCACCCCGCUCCACCACCCCUACCCACCCCACCACCCAGACCCACCCCGCUCCACCACCCCGACCCACCCCGCUCCACCACCCCAAUCUCCCCCGCUUCACAACCCCCGACUCACCCUGCUCCACCACCCCGACCCACCCCACCACCCCGACCCACCCCGCUCCACCACCCCGACCCACUUUUCCUAG